AUGUGGAACUUAAUGGAAUUCUAAUCUUUUGAGAUAAAGAGUCAAAAAAGAAAUUAGAUAUAAAUUAUUAAAUCAAAUAUUCUCUUUAUAAAUUUAUAUCUUAUGAAAAAAAUCAGUUAGAAAAAAACCUGAUUAUGAUCAAAUUAUUUAACUCUUUCAAUCAAAUACAAACCAAUAAGAUUUUGAUUAUUAAAAAUCUGUUAUUGAAAAUGAAGAAAUGUAAAUUAAAUUAUAAGAAAUUCAAUUUAAAUCUAAUGGAAUUUUAUAUUAAAGUGAAUCCAAAUUAUUAAUUAUCAGCAUUUUUUAAUUAUGUUACAAGUAGAUUCAUAAUGGUAAUGUAGUCAAAAUAAAUUGCAAUCAUUUUUAUCAUAUAAAUUGCUUCAAGGUUUUGACAGAGAUGUAAAUUAUGGAUAGAACUAUGUGUUAAAUUAAAUGUAAGUAUGGAAGCAAAUUAAGAACAAACAUCAUAAGAACUAUUCCAGAUCUAUCUAAUAGAAUGAAGUUACUUAAUUACUUAUUUUCUUCAUAAUUAAUAUAGAUUUUAAAAUUAUGA